AUGGCUCCAAUUAGGAAAGAGAAGCCAGGAGGCGUUAAACGGUUCUCAUUGGCCGCCACGGAUGUGACUCCGGCGCUAGGAGUAGAAGAGAAGAUGAGCUGGAGAGAGUACAAGAAAAUGAAGCAACAGACGGGUGGUGGGCAGAUUCAGAAGCUCAAGAAAAAGAAACCGAAAAUUUCUGACGAAGAAGAGAAGGAAAGGAAGCCGAUGAAACUGUCGAAGAAACAGCAGGAAAGACAUGACACCGGUGAGCGACUAUUUAGACAAAAUAGCCAAAACAAUCUGAGAAUUGCAGGUGCCGAUGUCAUUGAUCCAUCUGCGAUGCGGUCGAAGUUACAACAGGAGAAAAUGAAACGGACCAAGCAAAAGUUCGAGAAAAGAAUUGAGGCGACCGCCAAAGCUGAGAAGAAUUUAGUUGAAAAUGUACAAAAUUUGGGCGAUUAUCUCCUAAAACAUGAUUUUUUCAGACUGGUUUCGUGGCUCCAGAGGAUGACGAUCACUCGUUGACAUACGCGAUCCGUCAGAAGGACAUCGUCGAAGCUGUCGAUCUGGCCGCUGCGACAAAGCACUUCGAGCUCAAGUUGCCGAAUUUCGGACCGUACCACAUUGAUUAUACUGACAACGGGAGACAUUUGGUGAUCGGAGGACGGAAAGGCCACUUGGCAUCGAUUGAUUGGCAGACAAAGCAUCUGCAUUGCGAGCAGAAUGUCAUGGAAAAGAUUUCCGAUGUCAAGUACGAAAAACCGUGUGAUUUCUCGAGAAAUUUUUUUUUCAGAUUCCUGCACACUGAGAACUUCAUCGCGGUAGCACAGAAGAACUACACUUAUGUGUACGAUAACAUGGGAACGGAACUGCAUUGUCUGAAGACGAUGUACGACACGGCUCGUCUCGAGUUCCUCCCCCAUCACUUCCUGCUCGUCGGGUCCUCCCGCAACUCGUUCCUCAACUAUGUGGACGUUUCCGUCGGAAAACAAAUUGCUUCGUUUGCCACCAAAUCGGGAACUCUGGAUGUAAUGUGUCAGAAUCCAGCCAACGCAAUCAUUCACACUGGGCACACGAACGGAACCGUCUCGCUGUGGUCGCCCAAUUCGAAAGAACCCCUUGUCAAAGUGCUCACUCAUCUGAGUGCAGUCAAAGGAAUCGCCGUCGACGAUCAGGGAAAUUACAUGGCGACGACGGGUCUCGACAGGAAGUGCCGUAUCUGGGAUGUUCGAAUGUUCCGCCAAUUGCACGCCUACUCUCUUCCGUUCGGCGUCGCCAAUGUGGCCAUUUCACAGAAGCUUGACGUGGCUUGUGCGGUAGGAAACCACGUGCAAGUGUUCCGUGGAAUGCACAACGGAACCUGCAAAGAACCGUAUUUGGUGCACAAUUGCGGAGGCGUCGUCACUGAUUUGCGGUUUGUUCCAUGGGAAGACGUGCUGGGAAUCGGGCACGGACAUGGUUUCACGAGUAUGUUGGUCCCGGGAGCCGGAGACCCGAACGUCGACACGCUGCGAUCGAAUCCGUACGAAACAAAGUCGCAGCGAAAAGAACGCGAGAUCAAGCAACUGCUCGACAAAGUAGGCUCUUUUAGUAGGCCCAACAAACUAUUCCUCUUAAUAAUAUUAUUUUUCUCAGAUCCAACCGGAACUUAUCAGCCUCGACCCCGACGAUAUCAACAAGGUCAACGAGGGCCUUCUGGAGCUGGAGGAAGAGGAACGGAAAAAGAUUCUUUACAUCCGUCCGAUGUCAGUUCAGUACACUCCACGUCACAAGAUGCGAAGCAAGAAGAGUGGAUGGAAAAUGGAGGCGCGCAAGAACAUCGUCAAGGACCAGAUCCGAGUUGAGAGAAAUAUGGAGAAGCACGCGGUCGAAAGAGAAGUGUUCGAGGCGCCCGAGCAGGAACAUCCCAAGAAAAAACACAUUUUGGAUCGGCUCAAAUAG